CACAUUUUAUUCCCACAAGUCGCACUAGGGGAUUCUUUAAUCCCUCUAAAUUGUUCCACCUCAUAAGCCACCCGCAGUCAAACCACAAUUCUUUUUUAAUUCAAUUAAAAUUACGUCGCGAUGCAUACAACUACUUUUGCAACCCUGGCCGCUGCCACUACUGUGGCUCUGGCCUCGCAGUCUGACAUGUCGGGCUACUUGUGGCUGCUGGUGCUGGGCUUCAUCAUCGCCUUCAUCCUGGCUUUCUCUGUGGGGGCCAACGACGUGGCCAACUCCUUCGGCACAGCGGUAGGCUCUGGGGUGGUCACCCUGAGGCAGGCGUGCAUCCUGGCCACCGUCUUCGAGACCGUGGGCUCUGUGCUGCUGGGCGCCAAAGUCAGCGAGACCAUCCGCCAGGGCAUCAUCGACGUGCAGAUGUACAACGGCUCUGAACACGUGCUGAUGGCGGGAUCCAUAAGUGCAAUGUGCGGCUCUGCUGUGUGGCAGCUGGCUGCAUCUUUCCUGAAGCUCCCCAUUUCUGGAACUCACUGUAUUGUUGGAGCUACAAUAGGCUUUUCUAUGGUUGCCAGAGGUCACCAAGGGGUCAAAUGGAUGGAGUUGCUGCGCAUUGUGUCGUCCUGGUUCCUGUCCCCUCUGCUGUCAGGCAUCAUGUCAGGAAUUCUCUUCUACUUUAUACGCAGAUUUAUUCUGAAUAAGACUGAUCCUGUGCCCAACGGCCUUAGAGCUCUCCCCGUCUUCUACGCCAUCACUAUGGGCAUCAACGUUUUCUCCAUAAUGUUUACAGGAGCAACAAUGCUGGGUUUUGAUAGAGUGCCAUGGUGGGGAACACUGAGCAUUUCUCUGGGCUGUGCCGUCGCCACAGCGUUGGUGGUAUGGUUUGUCGUGUGUCCACGCCUCAGGAAGAAAAUCAAACGAAAAACGGAUGCAGGUCCACGCCAAACUCCACUAAUCGAGAAGAAUUCCAGCAGCCAAACACAAGCACAGCAGCCUGCUGCACCACGUGACCCUCAACCUGAGGCCCCGCCUCCAGACUGUCAAAAGGUGGCUUUCAGACUCGGAGACUCAGAGGAAGCUGAUCUGGACAAUAAUGACACAGAAAGCAAGGACGUGGACAUCGGCAACGGUCUGAAUGGGCUUGUUGGCCCCAUGGUCAUCACCGAUCCCCACAGUGGGGAGUCCCACACCAUCCACAAAGACUCCGGCCUUUACAAAGACCUGCUCCACAAGCUCCACAAGGCCAAGGUCGGCGAAUGCAUCGGUGACAGUGACACAGAGGAUCGACCCAUCAGGAGGAACAACAGCUACACCUCCUACACAAGGGCCAUCUACGGCAUCCAAGGAGAUCCCAAAAGCAAGGACCUGGACGGCGGGCUUCAGAGAAGACCCAGGGUGGAGAGUUACAGCAGCUACAGCUCGGCAGUGACCACCGGGAGCACCAUCCACGAUGGGAGUGUGACUCAGGAAGCUGGCAGAGACUCCACCGGGGAGGAGGAGGAGGAGGAUGAGCUGGAGGUCGACCAACCAGCCGUCUCCAUGCUUUUCCAGUUCCUGCAGAUACUCACGGCAUGCUUUGGCUCGUUUGCUCACGGAGGGAACGACGUCAGCAAUGCGAUCGGCCCACUGGUGGCGCUGUGGCUUCUGUAUGAGAGCGGCUCAGUGGUGUCCAGCUCGCCCACGCCCAUCUGGUUGCUUCUGUAUGGAGGAGUGGGCAUCUGUGCUGGUCUUUGGGUGUGGGGCCGGAGGGUGAUCCAGACCUUGGGCAAAGACCUUACCCCCAUUACCCCCUCCAGUGGUUUCAGCAUUGAACUGGCUUCAGCAAUCACAGUUGUCGUGGCCUCUAACAUUGGUCUUCCUGUCAGCACGACCCACUGCAAGGUGGGCUCCGUGGUGGCCGUGGGAUGGCUGCGGUCCAGGAAGUCAGUCGACUGGCAUCUCUUCAGGAACAUCUUCAUCGCCUGGUUCGUCACGGUUCCCAUCUCGGGACUCAUCAGCGCCGCCAUCAUGGCGCUCUUCACGUAUGUUAUCUUGUGAGAAGUGGCGCGUGGAUAAACUGCUAAAAUGAAGAUUCUCCCUUUGUUUCCAGACAGCGAUACUUUAUAUAUCAUUCAGGGUCAGUUCAAGGUCAAACUGUAAAGGUAUCAUACUCUGUAUCCCUAUGUAUAUUUGUAUAAAACCUACAUGAAUCAAGACGGCAAAUCAUUCAAAUAACAAUUAUAUUAAGUGUUUAUAUUUGGAUAAAAAUAAAACAAGGAACUGCUUGAUGUGAAGAGUU